GUCUCCUUCAACCUACCCACCUGGGUCACCGGCUGCUGUGAUAGAGACUGGAAGACACCACCUCACCUCACACGGGUUACAGCCAGCCAGCUGGAGUUCAGAGCAGGCGCAAUGUCUGAUAUGAAAAGUCAGGACCCAGGACAGAGCAACAACGGUGGAGGCAAGGCUGGAGCCAGGAAUCAUGAGAAAAAAUGCUCGUGGGCUUCAUACAUGACUAACUCUCCGACGCUGAUUGUAAUGAUUGGGCUGCCUGCCAGAGGCAAAACGUAUAUGUCAAAAAAAUUAACAAGAUACCUCAACUGGAUUGGUGUACCCACCAAAGUAUUUAACCUUGGUGCAUAUCGCCGUGAAGUUGUUAGAUCCUACAAAUCCUACGAGUUUUUCCGACACGACAAUGCUGAGGCCAUGAGGAUCCGCAAGCAGUGUGCCCUGAUCGCAUUGGAAGAUCUGAAGCUCUAUUUAACAGAGGAAGGAGGUCAGAUAGGGGUGUUUGAUGCCACAAACACAACUCGUGAAAGAAGAGACCUGAUCCUAAACUUUGCAAAGGAAAAUGCUUAUAAGGUAUUUUUUGUGGAAUCAGAAUGUGAUGAUCCAGAAGUAAUUGCUGCCAAUAUUAUGGAAGUGAAAGUUUCUAGCCCUGAUUAUCCUGAAAGAAACCGGGAGAAUGUUAUGGAUGAUUUCCUGAAGAGGAUUGAGUGUUAUAAAGUUACUUAUGAGCCUCUGGAUCCUGAUUCUUACGACAAGGAUCAUUCGCUAAUUAAAGUUAUUAACGUGGGCCAGAGGUUCCUUGUCAAUAGAGUGCAGGAUUAUAUUCAAAGUAAAAUUGUGUACUACCUCAUGAACAUUCAUGUCCAACCGAGAACUAUCUACCUGUGCCGACAUGGUGAAAGUGAAUGUAACCUUGCAGGAAGGAUUGGAGGAGAUUCGGGGCUCUCUCCAAGGGGAAAGCAAUUUGCCAAGGCUCUCCGAAAGUUUAUUGAGGAACAGGAAAUUGGGGAUCUCAAGGUUUGGACCAGUCAGCUGAAGAGAACAAUCCAAACAGCAGAGGCUUUGGGCGUGGACUAUGAACAAUGGAAAAUUCUAAAUGAGAUUGAUGCUGGUGUAUGCGAAGAGAUGACCUAUAAAGAGAUUGAAGAAAAGUACCCAGAGGAGUUUGCAAUGAGGGACCAGGAUAAAUAUUUAUAUCGCUACCCUGGUGGAGAGUCCUACCAGGAUCUAGUUCAACGGCUGGAGCCAGUCAUCAUGGAGCUGGAGCGUCAGGGAAAUACCUUGGUCGUUUGUCACCAGGCUGUCAUGAGAUGUCUUCUGGCAUAUUUCUUGGACAAAAGUGCAGAUGACUUGCCAUACCUUCGAUGCCCACUUCAUACAGUACUGAAACUAACUCCUGUAGCUUACGGCUGUAAGUUGGAAUUGGUAAAACUUGGUGUAGAUGCUGUGGAAACUCACAGAGAGAAGCCCGCGGGUGUUUUUGAUCAAAGCCAAACUCCUAUGCGAAUGAGAAGAAACAGCUUCACACCUCUGUCCAGCUCGGACACAAUCAGACGCCCAAGAAAUUACAGUGUUGGGAGCAGACCAGUUGAUCCAAUGGGACUAGAGAGGUUCCGAAUGGCCCCAGAUGGGUCUGACCGCCCUCUGAGACAACGUUCCCUCGAGAAAGCUUGCAUGGGAUCGACCGACACCAAUGGUUGUGAUGUGUUUGUGCCAGUGUCUGGGGCAGUUUGAUUGCCAUCUGCAGAAUUCAACCUUAUCUUUCCAUCCAACUUCGUAUAGGAGAUUCACAUACAUAGCUCUGUUCUUUUAUAAGCAUCUUUCAGUGAAAUGCCUAGUGGCAUUUGAAAUGUGUCUAUUUGCAGCUGAAAAUUGAAUUUCGUAUCUUCUCGUGAUUGACACCAUCUUAAGUUAUUUGCGGUGUAUGGAAGACCGCAAUCAGUGGGUCCUGUCACUUUCCCCCCACCCCUCACGUAGUGUUCUAGGCUGAGGUUAUGAGUUUUGAGUACUGAGGAAUUCUUAGCUGUUUUUUUUUUUUUUACCAACCACUUUGCAUUUUCGUCUCAUUAUGCCCCUAUAUUUCUGUCUGGUGUACAAUUUCCAAUUCCUGUUGAAUUCCCAGCAAUUUACAGAUGGGGCUUAAGUCUGUGUGUAUUUGAUCCAUUCCAUGCCAUGCCAUUUAUGCACUUUAUUUUUCAUUUUUUCCCUCUCUACAAAAGACAUUGACACUAUAUUAAGGCAACUGCUGGUAUUCUUGUAAAUUAUUUUUCCGGUUUAACGUGGCUUGAUGGCUGUUUUAUACAAUAUACCUCACUACAUUUCAGGGCCAAAUAUAGGAGUGCAGAUCUUACACUGAUGAAUUUUAUUGCAAUCCACAUUAAGCCCAGUGGUAAACCUGGCCUUUAUUAACAUUAUGGCACAUGUGGGCUUUUAUCAUGCUAUUAUUUUCUUAAUAUGCUCUGUGACCAAUUAAAUAUAAUGGUUUCUGUCUUUUCUCUACUUUAAUCACAAUUGUCCUGCAAAUUACACUUUUUUUUGUGCCCUGUUUACUUGGUUACAAGACACUUGAUAUUGUCAAUACAAGUGAUAAAAAUCAGAAGACCUGUAGAUGGAUCAUACCAACUUUAUGUAAUGAUGUUGCAGAGGAACUACCACCACAUUGGGUGAUAUUUAUAACCAUGUUUCAAAAAUUAUUGUGAAACACUGAUGGAAAAGUUGAUAGAUCUGUUAUGUCCCCAAACAAAAUGCUUAAGGACACAGUGAGGCUGCUAAAGGGAGG